GAGAAGAUUUUUCCAAUAGCUGAUGGUGAGGACACGCCUGUGUUUGAACAAGCGCUGUGGAGGUGUAGUCACACAAGAGACACUCUCUCCAGGAUCUGAGGAAAAGAACUUGACGCUGCUGUCUGGCACAAGGCUGGUGUGAAACUCUAAAAGUUAAAUAGUCAAGAUGCCUGAAACAGCAGAGGCUGUGGCUGCCACUCUGACCACCAACAGAAACUGCACCAUAGAGAUAACCAAUGUUAGUGGUAGCUUCUGUCUCAUUAACCCCAAGGUUUACAUGUCAAGUGGCUUUUCUUACCAUCCACCCCAACCCACAGUUCGAACCCAAAAGACGGAAGUGUGCUCCUUCACAAAGGAUGACAACACCGCCACUGGUGCAGUCGGCCUCCUGACUUAUGACUUGUUCCACAUGCAGAGUCGGGUUUGCUCUGAGCGCAUGGCCAUCAUGUUCUCUGUGCCUUUCGACUUCAACAUUUACAAGAACCGGCUGGCUGUGGGCGUGGUCGAGCAUUCCCGGGCCUGCGACAAACAUCUGUUCGACCAGAUGUAUGAUGGGAAAGAUCUCAGCAACUUCACCCGCUCAGACGCAAACGGGUGUGGUCUGGAAUAUAAAGCACAAUAUGUUGAUUUAAAAGCCACAAUGUCUACAGUCGGCAAAGCCAUUGUUAAAGUGGAGCUGUAUGAUAAAAUGGGGCGUUAGUGUGCAGACCAGUUGGGUUUUAUCCUUCCAUUUUUGUUGUUUUUUUUUGUGUCCUCAGAGUAAAAAGAACUUGGGUGAUGUGAUCACUGUUGUCAUCUUGAUAUAAAAAAAAGCAUUCAAGAGAGGAAGACUGAUUUUGCUGUCAUCAAUAUUUUGUGUCUGCUGAGAGAUAUCAAUACCUGACAGCCAGCUCAUUGAUUUCCCAUUAGCUAAUGUCUUGGACUCAUGUAAGCUGUACUCUCUCUACUCUUUAAAUAUGGUAAUAAAACAUUCAGACCCAAUGCUCAUGUUGC